UCAGUUCUCCAAAUAGGCGAGAGGUGAGGUUGGGAGUCCGCAGGCCAGUAUGGGAAGGAAGCCCGGAGCUUCCUAGAAAUACCUAGAGUCCGGCCCCUCCCUGGUAUUGUCUGCAUUCUCCCCACAUCUGGAAGAGCUUCAGGGCUGGCCUCCCCCCACGACUGAGGGGCACGGCAGCAUGAGCCGGUCAAGGCAUGUGGGCAAGAUCCGGAAACGUCUGGAAGAUGUCAAAAACCAGUGGAUCCGGCCAGCCAGAGCUGACUUUAGCGACAACGAGAGUGCCCGGCUGGCCACAGACGCCCUCUUAGAUGGGGGUCCUGAGGCUUAUUGGCACACUCUCAACCAGGAAGGAGAGGUAGACUUCCUGUCCUCGGCGGAGGCCCAGUACAUCCAGGCCCAGGCCAAGGAGCCCCCCAGCGGCCCAGAUCCAGCAGGAGGGGCUGAGGCGGGUUCCAGAGGACUGGACUCCUGCUCUGUACAGUCAGGAACCUACUUCCCCGUGACUUCGGAAGGCAGCGAACCGGCUCUGCUGCACAACUGGACCUUGGCUGAGAAGCCCUACCUGAAGGAAAAGUCCAGCGCCACCGUGUACUUCCAAACGGACAAGCACAACAACAUCAGAGAUUUGGUCCGCCGCUGCAUCUCCCGGGCCAGCCAGGUCCUGGCCAUCCUGAUGGAUGUGUUCACAGACGUGGAGAUCUUCUGUGACAUCCUAGAGGCAGCCAACAAGCGAGGGGUGUUCGUCUGUGUGCUGCUGGACCAGGGAGGGGUGAGGCUCUUCCAGGAGAUGUGUGACAAAGUCCAGAUCUCUGAUACUCAUCUCAAGAACAUUUCCAUCCGGAGUGUGGAAGGGGAGGUGUAUUGUGCCAAGUCAGGCAGGAAAUUUGCCGGCCAAAUCCAAGAGAAAUUCAUCAUCUCAGACUGGAGAUUUGUCUUAUCCGGAUCAUACAGUUUCUCUUGGCUCUGUGGACACGUGCACAGAAGCAUCCUCUCCAAGUUCACUGGCCAGGCUGUGGAGCUGUUUGAUGAAGAGUUCCGACGCCUCUAUGCCUCCUCCAAGCCUGUGAUGGGCCUGAAGUCCCCGAGGCUAGUGGCCCCGCUCCAGCCCAGCAAGGGUCCGGGAGCCUCCAAUGGUCGCCUCAGUGGAAGCAGCGGCUCUGCCAGUGACCGCACCUCUUCCAACCCCUUCAGCAGCCUGUCGGCCGGCAGCAAUCCCCUCAACCAGAGUCUGUCCGUAUCCUCAGGGCCGGCCAGCCCCCUGGCCCCCAUCCCACCUGUGGCUCCAAGGCUUCAACCCUAUCACAGUCCCCGGAGAGUCGUGGCCCCGCAGGCCUUCUUGGUCCCCAUGAGGCCCCAUGAAGGAGCACCUGUUCCCUACAGCACCUUCAUGGCCUAUAGACCCACGCGGUUGCAGCUGCAGCAGCUCGGCCUGGUACCCAGGGUUACUCACCCCUGGGGGCCUUUUCUACAGGCCUUGCCUCAUUUUUGAAGGGUCCUUUCCCCUCAUUGCCUUCCUCGGGGGUGAGAAUUCGGCACUGCUGAAUUUUCUGAUGCAAAGGCUGUGCCUUAGCGACCAAUAGGAUUGAGCCUGAUCCCCUAUGAGCUAAAAGCACUGGCUGGGGGGUGGGGAGGAGGGGAAUUAUUGCCUACCUCUAAAUAUUCCCAAGCCUGAGACCAUCCACUUGACAAACUGUAUCAGUUCCUUGGUUUUCCUCAGUAGGCCUACCUAGGUAGCCAGCCCCAUUCUAGAAGAUUCCAGGGAGGCAGUCGAGAGCCCUCAAUGACAAAAUGUGACUGAGAACCCCUGUCUUCCAGAGGUCAUCCUGGACUUUGAAUAUUGAUGUCGACAUAAAGCAAACAUGGGUAGAUGUUUGAUCAAAGGGGGCUACUUCCCGAAGACCCAGAGAGGGAAGAUGAACAAGCAUGAGAACAUUCUGUAUGUUUCUGGUAGGAAAUGCCUCUCCCUGUUAAAUGUCUUAAAACUGGAGUUCCCCGGACCUGAUGGAUUAGUAAUGAGACCCCAGAAAGUGUCUGUGAUUGUGAGGGGCCCUCUGAAGCUGCACCAGCAGGGAUGGGACGACCUGAUUCCACAAGGCUUUUUAACAGACUCUGAUUCUUGCGGAAGAGAACCCUGGCCCGGAAGGCCUGGAAACCUGGGCUGGCUGCAGGGAUCUGAGUUGUCAUGGCUACGCAUGGCCUUCAGCAAGGCCCAGGGCAGCCUUGGAUAACUUCUCAAAGGUUCAGCUGGCCCAGGGCAAGCGCCUGCCUCCAGCUCUGGGGAUCUCUGCUCGUCCUGUUGAUACCCUGAGAAAUAAAUGUGAAUCCUCACGAUGUCACCAUUAGUUUCUUCCUAAAGAAUGUGACCGAGACGCCUCUAUUGAGAUAACUGGGGGGAGGGAGGAGAUGCGUUUACAAGAUAAGCCCCAGGCUAGUCCAGCCAAAAGAAGGCAGGUACCUGGGCCCUGGACCAUACCACACACACCAACUCCUGCUAGCCAUAACCCAUCACAACGAAACUCUGGGCUUUACUGGUGAGGGCUCAGCAGCCCUAGGCAUGGAGCCCCUCUCUCCUCCUGUCCCGUUCCUGACAGCUAUAGCACACCCAUUUCUAACCCAUCCAUCCCUCUGCCCUUACUUACCCAACACUCCUGCCAAAGGACGGCCACUCUGGUUUCUGUUUGUUUCUUUUAAAUUCUGUUCCCUUCCUUUACUUUGUUUUCUCUUAGUUCUAACAAUUAAAAAAAAAA